GGGUUGGCGCGGGCUCGCUGUCCACGGGAGUUUUUUGGCGUCCCUUGGUGCACGCUGGUACCCGGCCUCUAGGUACGCGGUUUUCCUGUGUGCUCCGGGAUCCGUGGCCCAGCACGGCCUGGUAAAGGCUCCACGGUGUUCCGGUGGUAGCUAGCCCUGCUGGCGUUUUCUCCCAGGCUCGGCCAUGCCGGCGGUGCUGGGGUUUGAAGGCAGCGCUAACAAGAUUGGCGUGGGAGUGGUGCGAGAUGGCACGGUGCUGGCGAACCCGCGGCGGACUUACGUCACGCCUCCGGGCACAGGAUUCCUUCCAGGUGAUACUGCCAGGCAUCACCGAGCUGUUAUCCUGGACCUGCUACAGGAGGCACUAACAGAGGCUGGAUUAACCUCCCAGGAUAUUGAUUGCAUUGCCUACACCAAAGGUAUAGCUGGGAAACUGCACUGGAAGAACAUACCUGGAGCCUGGCUAGGCCCUGGCAUGGGUGCCCCACUGGUUUCUGUGGCUGUUGUGGCCCGUACUGUGGCCCAGCUGUGGAAUAAGCCAUUGCUGGCUGUGAACCACUGCAUAGGCCACAUUGAGAUGGGCCGCCUCAUCACCGGAGCCACCAGCCCAACCGUGCUGUACGUCAGUGGAGGAAAUACACAGGUGAUUGCAUAUUCAGAACAUCGUUACCGCAUCUUUGGAGAAACCAUCGAUAUUGCUGUGGGUAAUUGUCUGGAUCGUUUUGCUCGAGUGCUAAAGAUUUCCAAUGACCCAAGUCCAGGCUACAACAUUGAACAGAUGGCAAAGCGAGGCAAGAAACUAGUUGAGCUACCCUAUACUGUAAAGGGGAUGGACGUCUCAUUCUCUGGGAUCCUGUCUUUCAUUGAGGAUGUAGCCCAGCGGAUGCUGGCCACAGGCGAGUGUACUCCUGAGGAUUUGUGCUUCUCUCUGCAGGAAACGGUGUUUGCAAUGCUGGUAGAGAUCACAGAGCGAGCCAUGGCACAUUGUGGCUCCCAGGAGGCCCUCAUCGUGGGAGGUGUUGGCUGUAAUUUGAGGCUACAGGAAAUGAUGGAGACAAUGUGCCAGGAACGUGGAGCUCGGCUUUUUGCCACAGAUGAGAGAUUCUGCAUUGACAAUGGAGCCAUGAUAGCCCAGGCUGGUUGGGAGAUGUUUCGGUCUGGGCACAGGACCCCCCUCAGUGAUUCUGGGAUCACACAGAGGUAUCGGACAGAUGAAGUAGAAGUAACCUGGAGGGACUAACAACUUUAACAGAAUCAGAGUAGAUAGUGCCCUAAGUAGAGCCUACAGGAACUUGGACCUUUAUCUCUGUCUGAUCUGGGCAUCCUGGGGAGGCUGUGGACUCCUGCCUCCCAUCAUUUGAACCUCAAGUUGAUUCUGCAAUAAAAUAUUGUUGGUUUUGUA